AUGGUCCCACAUAGGGGAUGGUUCAAGCCGGGAUCAUUCCAAGUACUAAACCCACUGCAUGGCAUUAGCUUUGGAGAUGACUCAACCGUCCAUGCUGUUGGAAUCAGCACAGUCAUCAUCCGCGUGCAUGUAGGAACUAAGCAGUAUGACAUAGCACUGUCGGAUGUCCUCCUAGUACCGGUUUUCACCCUAUCGCUCAUAUCCGUUUACAAGAUCGGGCGCACGGGUCUAUCCACCACCUUCCUUGCCAAAUCCAACAUCUGUGAAAUCCGCAAGGGGUCGCGCAUUGUACUCACUGCACAUCACAAA